AUGGAGCAUGUGCUCGCCCUGCCCGAGCUUCCAGAGCUCAUCCUCUUCUCCCUUGAUGAACGAACCCUCCUAACCUCCGCCCAACGUGAGAAGCUGGUUUUCAAGCCCUGCCGCCGCCGCCGCACGGCAAGCGAUCCGGAGAAUAACACGAGGAGUGACAGCUCACCAAGCCAGCAGCCAACUCUCAUCAAUCCCCUCCUUACCACCGCCUUCCCCGUCUUCUUCCCGCCCCGCCCCUGGAGAUAUGGCAUCUGCGGUCUCGACUUUGUCACAGACCCUGCCAAGCAAGCAGCGUUCCUGCGCCCCGAAGCGAGCUGGCGCUCCAUGCUCGUCCAACAGCCGCCGGCGUACUCGCUCGGCCUGUUGCAACACCAGCACCAUACCGCGUAUUACGGCUCGUAUGAGAUGAUGAAGUCCCAUGAGGGUCUGCGCAUGGAAGCGCUGUUCGAAUUGCUGUUCUUCCACCCAGACCUCACCUCCCAGGACAGCUUGCCUCACGACAUCAUCUGGUGGGGCGAGUGCGCUGAUCCUUUUCUCCGGCUGAUGAUCGCACCGUGGGCGGCGAUGGACGGCGUAGAACAACCCGAUGUUCUGGUGUGUAUGCUCAAUUUUGUACGGGACGAGUGGGAUAUUGAUGAGGAGGAGGAGGAGGAGGAGGCGGAUGAGGGUUAUCAGAGCGUGGUCAAUUCCAUCCAGAGUGGGUAUCGGGCGCUGGGGCUAGAGCCUAAAAUCCUUCGAGAACCGGAGUGGGAGAGGCAGACGAUAGAGUACCCUGGAUCAUGGCACUGA